UCCUCGUCAAAAUUCAUCUGAAGAAAGACUGAAACAACGAGAGAGAGCGAGAGAGAGAGAUGAGCGCAGUGUCAACAGCAGCGUACGCAGCUCGUCGAGCAGCUCAGAAGGAGAAGGUUCGGAUCCUCUACAGACGAGCCCUCAAAGACACUCUCAACUGGGCUGUUCACCGCCACCUUUUCUACCCAGAUGCCGAUGCUCUGCGCGAGAGGUUCGAAACCAACAAGCACGUGGAAGAUCCGGACACAAUUGAUAGACUCAUAGAAAAUGCUGAAGCCUCCUACAAUAAGUGGCGCCACCCUGAUCCUUAUGUUGUUCCUUGGGCUCCCGGUGGUUCAAAGUUUCAUCGGAAUCCCACUCCACCUGCAGGGAUUGAGAUAGUAUAUGACUAUGGAAAAGAAGAUAAUGAGUAAAAACCUGCAUAUUUUUCUUCUCGAUAAAUAAAGAUCAAGAUGGAGAAUGACUAUGAUGAUGAAGAUAAUUAUUGCGGCCAGCAUCUUUGAUAUGUUGCUUAAGCAAAUGAUGGUUUUAAGCUUUAAACAGUUUUAAUUGCUUAGUUGCUCCUUUUUGAGGUGUAUUUGGCUUUUUUGUUGACACAAAACAACAGUGACAACGUGGCAUAUUGCAGGAUUGGAUUAAGCAUGAUGCUUUAUAUGCACAAAUUUCUCCUGGUCAAUGUAAUUUGCAUUUCCUUGGCUGCAUUGUUAGGCCAAUGUGCUCCCAUUAACCCCACAAUUGGGGUGAUGUAGUGUGGGUGUAUCUGUGUGCUAAGUGUAUAUUGCGAGUAGUGAUUUAGGGGAAUUUGGCCAUAUAAGCGUCUAGAUUUGGAGUUGACCUUGAUAAAAUGCAAAAUGGAUGCUUUUCGGUUCUCUC